AUGGAUCACUUUUACGGUGAUGAUACACCAGAUAAUGACACGCACCAACACCAGUUUCUUAGAUCCAGAAUCGGGAAUGAGCCAGAUGGUGUAGAUGAACCCCCAUUCGCUGUCGAGGAGGUUUUGGAACAUCUCAAAUGGAUGAAUCCUAAGAAGGCACCCGGCAUUGAUGGUCUGACAUCUGACAUCUGCCUACAAUUUACUAUUAAUUACCCAGAACUUAUAACGGGAAUCAUGAACAGGUGUCUAGAGCUCCAUUACUUUCCUCAGCAGUGGAAGAGAGCCGAAGUUAAAAUCAUACCAAAGCCAAGCAAGACUGAUUAUAGCGAAUUAAGCUCCUUCCGCCCUAUAGGACUCUUGCCAGUCUUUGGAAAAUUGCUCGAAAAAUUAUACAUUAAGCGUCUCAUAUAUUGCGCAACCAAAGCGGGACUACUCAACGGGCGACAGUUUGGCUUCAAGGAACAAACCAGCACGAUUACAGCUAUAGAUACGGCACUCAGUAUCGUAAAAGCGGCUAAGAAGAAUGGCAAACAGGUGCUUGGCGUUUCUCUAGACAUCCGCUCCGCAUUUGACAACGCGUGGUGGCCCGCACUAUUUGAGAGACUACGUGCUAUAAGAUGCCCCAAGAACAUCUUCCACUUAAUAGAGAGCUAUACGAUGAACCGCACAGUUACAUUAGAAUACGCAGGAGCGCGGGUUACUAAGAACAACACCAAGGGCUGCAUACAAGGUUCAGCGUGUGGACCCAUUUUAUGGAACGUGAUACUGGACGAGUUGCUUGAGGCUGAACUUCCGAGUGGAUGUCAUUUGCAAGCCUUUGCGGAUGAUGUUUUACUUAUCGUCUCCGCAAAGGAUGUAAAUACCCUACAAACAAAUACCAAUCGCGCUCUGGAAAUCAUAUUGGAAUGGGGGCAAAGUGUCAAAUUGACAUUUGGACCCACUAAGACGCAAGCCAUUGCAUUCACGCGUAAGGCUGAAGAAGCACACCUUAUAAUGGGGAGACACACUUUAGCGUUUCAAAGGAGUAUUAAGUUCUUAGGCAUGAUCAUUGACCGAAAGCUUCUGUUCGCUGAUCAUGUUAAGUACGUUGUUGGGAAGGCUAUGCGAAUUUUCAACAAACUAUGCAUUUACACCCGACCAACCUGGGGAGCCCAUCCCGAUAACGUGCAAACCAUCUAUCGACAGGUCAUUGAGCCUACAAUUACAUACGCAGCAGGUAUCUGGGGUCAAGCGGCGAAAAAACGAUAUGUAAGGAAGCUCUUGGAGUCGGCCCAAAGGGGAUUUGCAAUAAAGGCAAUUAGGGCCUUUAGGACAGUCUCAACGGUGGCAGCGGUCGCUCUGGCUCAAUUUGUGCCCUUGGACCUCAGGGUCCUGGAGGUACAUGAAGUUGAGACAGUUCGACUGAAAGGGGCAACCAACUUAAUACCAAGGGAUAUACAAUAUGAGAGGCCCACACCUGUGCAUGAGUUAUUACAUCCGUCAAAAAGAAUAAGUAUUGAGUGUGCAGACCUGAAUUCGGAAAAUCUAGAACAGGAAACAGCGCCUAUUCAAAUCUAUACAGAUGGAAGCAAGCUCGAAAAUGGCGGUGUGGGAGCGGCUUUCGUCUGUUUCGAAGGUUCAAAAGUUAUAUACAAAAAAGAGGCUGAAACUACAUACUAG